CACACACACACACAGACAUGGAUAUCUUUCUGCCUCUCUUCAUGUUAAGACAAGGAGCUCACACAGCCUUCAGCUUGAGUAACUGAUUCGGACUGAGUACCAGGAACAGGACCAAGCAGACAAGAUGUUUCCGUUCAAAGCCACCAUUCUCCAGGAGAGGUCCCAGCUCCAGGAGCUGAACUGCCGGCUGGGGUCUUACCUCGCCGGGGUCCGGGAGCUGGAGCGGGAGAACGAAGAGCUGAGAGUUGAGAUCGGGCGCUUGAGGCAGGCGGGGGCGAGGGAGGGGAGCCGCUCCCACGCCGAGGAGAUGACCAGGACUCGCUGGGAAGUGGAGGAGCUGGCUCUGGAGAGGGCGAGGGCUGAGAUGCAACGCUGCCACCUCCAGCGGGAGAUCCAGGAGCUGAGAGACUACCUCCUGACCGAGCAGACUCGACACAGCAAGAGGAGGCAAGAGUUGGAAGCACAUCAUCAAACUCUACAGCAGAUGGAUGCCACCAACACUUCCCUGGAGGGUGUCAUCUCCCAGCUGCAGGGUGAGUAUUCAGCCCUGGAAGCCCAACACCAGCGAGACAUGGGGGAAGUGGAGAAAGAACUGAGGAGAGGCAGCCAAGUCCUGGUCACCCAGAGACCCAGCCCUAUAGACCUGGAGAACCAUUCGCUGGCCUUUACCGAGAUCUGGCAGGAAAACCUCGAGGUGUACAGGCACAACAUCGAGGAGCUUGAAGCCACCGGGCUGCAGGACGAGGCGAGGUGGGAAGAGUUCCAGAGAGAGAACGGACUUUUGCUCCGAGAUGUGGAAAUCCUGCAGAAUGAAUUGGAAGAGCAGUGUGUUCUCCAGAGCCAACUGGAAGAGGACUUCUUAACAGUUCAGCAGACGCAUGGCGAGGAGGUGGAUGGAUACCAGAGCCAAGUUGAUGUGCUGGAAGAUGAGAAACAACAGCUUGCAUCAGCCAUUGCCCUUAAUCUCGGGGAGCAGCAGAGGUUGAUGCAGGUGAAGAUGGGACUUAAUCUUGAACUGGCCACCUACAGGGCCUUGUUAGAAGCUGAACACAGGAAACAGCAGGAGAUAGGGGAGCAGCGAUGGAACUCCAGCAAAGGUGUUGACAUGAGAUCACAGAGAUACAACGUGAUGUCGCUACCAACACUUGACUCUCUGGAUGGAAUACGCUGGAUGCCAAGUCGAAAAACUCUCCCCUCAACCACCCAGACAGACUCUGUGACAAUUGGCAGAGGAAUAAUAUCAAAAGCUAUUCCAUCCCGAAUCUCUGGAACACGGAACAUCAAUAGUUCUUUCUCAGAAAGAAAUUUCCUUUACACUGGUAAGUCUUCACCAGUUCAAAAUGUAGAUCCGGCAGCAAGGCCGAGGAACACCUACAAAGGAAUGGUGCGGUCCACUUUGGCCACCCGUGACCCAUUCAGCACAGUGAAGGAACCUCAAGAGCAGCGCAAAGUCCUUGUGGAGGAGGGGAAAACGGGUCAAAUGGUCUUGGAGGGGCCUGAAGUGACUGCCUUCCCAGCUGGGAUACAUGCCGUGGAGGCGGUGGGCGAGAACAAAACUGCCACCUCAGAGAAUAAAGGCAAAACUCAGAGUUCAAGGGACUUCCCCAAACCUUUUAGUCGGGUGGAAUAUUAUGAUUUUGACGGGCGAUCCGGUGAGACAGCAGGAGAGGAAGAGUUCAAAUGGCAAAGUUCAAAUGACGUGAUAACCUUUGAACCGGGUGCAAAACAGCUGGAGUUCAAAGCUGACUUGAGUGAGGUGGGGUCACUCAUGAGCCCGGACCGAUACAGCCCUGCGGACGACUUUGACCAAAUCGAAUCAGAGUAUUACCCCCCGGAUAAUAUCGUAGCAACAAGCAACGAGGAACCUACAACAGAAUUCGUAGGUGAGAAUUGGACAAGAGGUCCAGCAGAGGACUCGAGGGACUACAGAAGGAUAACUCUUUCCAGGGAAGGGGUCUUGGCUGGUAAUGUCAGAAUCGGGGACGUCUUUGAAACAGUGAUAAAUCCCACCGAUCUGGGAGAAAUGGUUUUCCCGGAAGCUGCCAUCACUUAUCGCAUUGAUGAGCAGGAAGUGCUGGAAGAUGGGGCAACAAAACGAGAUAUCGUCAUUCAGUCCCGGAGUGAGGACACUGUAGACAUGGCAGACGAGGCCAGUCUUCUGGAAGCGCUGAAUAGGGACAGCAGCUGUCCAGAGAUGCAGCUGACCGGGGCCUUGGGGCAUUUAUCAGGGUCCGAGACGGAGGGUUUCAUCGACAGGUUGCGAAACCUAGGCAUUCAGGGAGGGGAAACGACAGGGAAAGUAUCUGUGGGCGUUGAGGUAAAUGAGCAGACCCCGGAAGCGGAGAGCUUUCCCCCGCCACCAGAUGCAGGACAGCUGUACGCCGGGGAGCAUGGCCUCGAAGGACCAAGUGGCAAAUGCGAGGAAGUCUUAAAUAUCACCAUGUCUGCCGCAGACUUCAGGAGAACGAUGCAGUCAGGUUCUGAUCCACAGUCGGCAACAUUCCCGGAGAGGACAACUAGUUUUCCUUCCGAUGAAAACGCAGAAGAGGAUGAAGGAGAAUUGUACGGAAUAAAUGAACAAUACCAAAAUAUUGGUGAUGAAGCCCUCGAACACAGUGAACGAGCCCAAUCUGCCUACCAAGAUUCCUUUUCUAAAGAGGUCUGCUCACCGCGCGUAAUCGAAGAAUCGAUCAAGGUCCCGCAAGGUGUUCAGGCAUCGAUUGUAGAACUCCUGAAGGAGGAAACCGAGGAUCCAACACUUAAACUGAAGGGAGCCUUGGAGCAUCUGAGAGGGGCCGUGCCUAACAAUCUGAGGGAAGAGCUUUCCAUUCUCACUGGAGAAAUCCACGAGAGAUCGGACAACAUGUCGGUCAAUAUCAAGAACAUCCAGCAGUCCUCACACAGAGGGGUCAUCACCAUAGAAGCUGAAGUCAAUGUGUCGCAAACUCUGGAGCCAGAAGACUUUUUUUCAAUGGGAACACACAAUGAAGAUGAAGGGGACGCAAGUGAACGAGGGUCUGGGCUAACGUUUCGUGGCGAUCAGCGGGAACUGCAAGGGCUAUUGAAUGGGAAAGACUUUCCAUUCGUUGCGUCUUUAAAUGAUGGAGACGGGAGCAGAGCAAAAGUUCAAGUUUUUAACGAACAGAACAUUCUCUUUGAGCCCAGCGCAAGAGACAAGAUUGACGAUGAUGAAGAAUUUUCAUCCACUCAAGGUCUUCAGACUGCUUUUGAAAUGUCUGGGCCAAGUGAUAUGGAGAGUGACUUGCCUCUAUGGCUGCAAAUGGAUGCAGAUAACAUGUUUGGGGAAGAGUUUGCGUACAAAGUCACGGAUCCUGACGACCCACCUGCAACCCUGCACAUGAGUGUGAACAGAAUUGUGUCAAUGCACUCCGGUAGCGGGGACAGUGAAGGGCCGGUGCCUUUCGUCACUCAGGAUGACUUUGCUGAAGGAACAGAUGGAGAGGGACUGGUUGACAAUGUUUAUUACGAAGAGUGGGAAUCCGGGAGCAGAGAUGAGCUGGCAAUCAACGAGCCUUCUGAUUCUGAACUCGCGCAAUACUCCACUCUCCCACAGGUCCAGACCAAGCAGCGAGUCGUCAUGUCCGAAAGCACCACGCAAGUGUUUCAUGGUCAACGAGGCAGUGGUGUGACACGCCUGGAUGAAGAUUAGCUGGCUCAGGCCGAUGAUAACGGAUAAAAAGUUCACGAAAGAAGAUGACGUCCUUUUAUCUAGAAUCUAAUCAACACAGAAAAAAAUGGAGAUGCACCAUCACUGAGUGGACAUUUGACGGUCUCAAUGCAAUCAGUGGUGGACUGGCCUGGGUGUCAGCUUGCCCGAUGGCAAGGGGGCCCCUUAUGAAGUGAUAGCAAGUGAUGGCGAGGACCCCUGUUAAAUGAUAGCAUUGUAGUUGUGGAUGGGCCCCCUUUGUCUCCUGGCAACCAAUAUUUUUAGACCCUGUCCGCCACUGAAUGCAAUGAUAUAUUUCAUGCUUUGAUGAUGUACAGCUUGAGGAGUUUCUUGCCCAGCAUAUAACUAUAGCCUGAAGGUUUUUCCCUAAAGGUGAUUUCUGAUUAACUGGGACAUCAAUGCUGUGGUGCUCGCUUAUAAUGGGGAAAAUAAUCAUUUAGAAAUAACCUUGCUGGUGUGAUGCAAGUAGUUUUCAGUGACCUGCUUUCCAGGAGUAAUGUCAGAGGCCAACACUGCAAGGGAACUGACAGAAUGUCCCACUGUACGAGGCAACUCAAGAGUUCUCCCCGGAUUUCCACUGAAUCGAACUCGGAGAAUGUCCGUAGGAGUCCGUGGAUGUCCCGUAGCGGCUCGUAAUGCUAACGCUGGGUACUCGGAACAUCCGGGAAACUCGUGACGUUAUUUCAUCCCUGUAAAAAAAUGUCCACGAGUAAAAAAAAUACUCGUGAUGAAAAAAAUUGUUACUUUUUUUACUGGUACGAGCCGCUACGAGACAUCCACGAACUCCUAUGGACCCGCUACGGACAUUCUCCGAGUUCGAAUCCGAGGAAAACUCGGGAGAACUCGUAAAUUACAGUGGGACAGGGGUUAAGGCUAGGGGGCACUGACAUUGCAGUCACUUAUAAGAUCUGCCUGCUUAGUUUUGAUUAGCAAGCCUCACAGUGCCUAAUGAUAUUGCAUGGUUAAGUUAUGUUACGUUUAGAUGCCAUGCAGUUUGACCUGAAUUUUACACUCCUCUGGGCCAACUCAUUAUCAAACAUUAUCAAGCACAAAUACUAAUAUUGCGUUGAUAAAGAGGUGUAGAUGGCAGCUUUGUUACUAUCACAGACAAUUAAGCAUUAAUAAUUUCAAACCAUGCAGGAAAAAUGUUCCCAAUGUUGGACGAGUCCAGAACCAGGGGCCACACAGUCUUAGAAUAAAGGAGAGGCCAUUCUCGUCAGGGAUGAGAAAAACACUUUUUCACCCAGAGAGUUGUGAAUUUGUGGAAUUCCCUGACAGUGGAGGCCAAAUCACUGGAUUUGGCAGUGGAGGCACUGUUUAAAAUGUCUUUUUCUGUUCACAAAAGGAGUGUCGCCCUUGAUACCUGAUUCUUGUUCGACACACACACGGGAAAACAAUAGACAAUAGGUGCAGGAGUAGGCUAUUCGGCCCUUCGAGCCAGCACCGCCAUUCAAUGUGAUCAUGGCUGAUCAUCCACAACCAGUACCCCGUUCCUGCCUUCUCCCCAUAUCCCCUGACUCUGCUAUCUUGAAGAGCUCUAUCUAACUCUCUCUUGAAAGCAUCCAGAGAACCUGCCUCCACCACCCUCUGAGGCAGAGAAUUCCAUAGACUCACAACUCUCUGUGUGAAAAAGUAUUUCCUCACCUCUGUUCUAAGUGGCUUACCCUUUAUUCUUAAACUGUGGCUAAAGUGUUUAAGAAGGAACUGCAGAUGCUGGAAAAUCGAAGGUAGACAAAAGUGCUGGAGAAACUCAGCGGGUGCAGCAGCAUCUAUGGAGCGAAGGAAAUAGGCAACGUUUCGGGCCAAAACCCUGACCUCUGGUUCUGAACUACCCCCACAUCGGGAACAUGUUUGCUGCCUCUAGUGUGUCCAAACCCUUAAUAAUCUUAUAUGUUUCAAUAAGAUCCCCUUUCAUCCUUCUAAACUCCAGAGUAUACGAGCCCAGCCGCUCCAUUCUCUCAGCAUAUGACAGGAGUGUGGGGUUUGGAUGGGAAGGUCAAAACGCCCAGACACAAGUGUAAUGACAAUUCUUUCCUGAUCUCUCCACUGUUUUCUUCAAACUUGCAAAUGUAUUGGUUGCACCUGCAGGCAUUCUGUCAAAUACGGAACAAUUGUUGCAAGUUCAUGAGCAAAAUUAGUAUGGACAUCAAUGAGAAAUGUACUCAAGGGUCAAACCAAUUAUAUGUUUUAAAUAGUAAUAUGUUCACAGAAUGGUAACAGUGGGCAUGUUAAGAAUGAGGACUGAAAGCUGAUGUUAUGUAGAACAAGGCAAUGGUUAGGAGACAUGUCAUAUACUGCUUUUAUGGUGGAAAUUAACAAAGGAGCAUUUCCGCACAGCUCAUUGUUGAUGCAUGGGAUGGAUUCCAGGAAAGCAUUCUGUUAGGCUAAAUGUCAGCAUCUGAAAAUGCUGAAUGAAAUGUGUUGUUGGUAUGUUGGUACAGUAUGUUCUGUGGGUCGGGACUGGCCUGCUGGUCAUCAAAUGGAUUUUGCAAAGGAAGACAUCUUAAAGCGAACAAUGGCAACAGUUAAAAUUUUGCAGAUUAAAUAUUUCACAAUCUCCAGGCAUUUCCAUGGGGUUUAUGGACAUGAAGUACUUUGUGAGGUGUAGGCAAGAAGCUGGAGAAACUCAGCAGGUGAGGCAGCAUCUAUGGAACAAAGGAAUAGGUGACAUUUCAGGUCAAGACCCUUCUUCAGAUUGAAGAAGGGUCUCGACCCGAAACGUCACCCAUUCCUUCGCUCCACAGAUGCUGCCUCGCCUGCUGAGUUUCUCCAGCCUUGUGUCUACCUUUGAUUUUUCCAGCAUCUGCAGUUCCUUCUUAAACUUUUUGAAGUGUAGUUACAAUUCCAUAUAACUAUUUUACUCAGUGACUCUGCUUCUGUUGGAAGGGGGAAAGGGAGCAGACAUAGCAGGGCCACAGCAAACUCUGUUGGUGGGUAACUGGUGUCUGUAGAGAAGUACACACUCCACAAGGAAUAGUCUUUAAGGAGGGGAACUGGCUAAAUAAACCUAUUGAAUAAGGUGGUCACGGUAGCACAGCGGUAGAGUUGCUGCCUUAUAACAACAUGCAGCGCCAGAGACUCGGGUUCGAGACCCGUUCCCAGGCUGACGAGCCCCAUCUGCCCGAGACUCGUGGGGGCGGGAACAUCUACCUUCCCGAGCAGGUCUAUAGCACCUGCCCACUGCCCAAUACAAGAUUAUACAAUAGACUAUAAACAAUAGGUGCAGGAAUAGACCAUUCGGCCCUUCGAGCCAGCACCGCCAUUCAAUGUGAUCAUGGCUGAUCAUCCCCAAUCAGUACCCCGUUCCUGCCUUCUCCCCAUAUCCCCUGACUCCACUAUUUUUAAGAGCCCUAUCUAGCUCUCUCUUGAAGGCAUCCAGAGAACCGGCCUCCACCGCCCUCUGAGGCAGAGAAUUCCACAGACUCACCACUCUCUGUGUGAAAAAGUGUUUCCUCGUCUCCGUUCUAAAUGGAUUACCCCUUAUUCUUAACCUGUGUGUGGCCCCUGGUUCUGGACUCCCCCAACAUCGGGAACAUGUUUCCUGCCUCUAGCGUGUCCAAGCCCUUAACAAUCUUUGUUUAAGAGGGAACUGCAGAUGCUGGA